AGGUGUCAAAUUUCAUUAACGCCAUCGGCGGUUUAUGUUCGUUAAAUUCGCGAUGUUCAUACAAAAUAGGUGGGUGAAUAAUUUGUACGGAGCAACGAUAACCCUUUGUUUGAUGGCCGUAACGUGUUACCCGGACUUCUGGACGAUGAAAACCGAAAUGGGACGGACGAUGCAAGUACUGGAGGCCGUGUUUGCGGUAAACGUGACGAGACUGGAGCGAGGAAUGCGGUGGAAUUUCCGGAACAUCGGCACCAGCGAGAGCGCCAAGUUGUUGCUGUGGGAUUUCUUCAUACCUCUUCUGGAAAGGUCGACCAUCGCGUUGGCGGGUUGUUUGUGCUCGGCAUUGUUGGGCAACAAUUUCGGCAGGAGAACCACAUUAAUGAUCAUAUCGUUCGUUACCGUGCUGUUUUACGUGGGGAAAAUUAUAAUCGAUUCCACUUUAUUGAAGCUUAUAAGCAGUUUCACUACGUUAGGUACUAUGAACGUUGUGAUAACGUACAUGAGCGAGAUAUCGCCUUGUGAAUCGAGAGGUGUGUAUAUCGUAUUGCCUAGCAGUAUGGCGUUGUUUAGGUACCUCUACGAUCAGUAUUUGGAAAAUGAGAAAUACUACAUAUCUGUGGCGUUGUUGUGUAUAACUCCUGUAUCGAUAUUCGUGUUCUGCGAGGAGAGUCCUUACUAUCAUUUGAUCCAGAAUCAGCCGGAUAUGGCGUUUAAGAAAUUGUGCGCGUUUCGACAAGGAGAUGUGAAUGUAGAUAAAGAAAUUACAGAAAUGAUGGACGAUGUUAACGAACUCACUUAUCUAACUAUCAAAGAUUUGAAGUACACGAUAAAAAUGGCCAUGGGGUUGAUAUUCCUGGAGUGGUUCUCCGCAGCGAAUGUAGCUGUUUUAAUAGGCAGUUGGAUAUACAAAUCCUUCCAGGAACAUACGGAUUAUUUACCGAAUUUUCUCUCGCUGAUAAUACUAAUCGCGCAAUUGCUGAGCGUUUUUGUCGUGGAGAAAUGCGAGAGGAAGAACCUCCUGAUCACUUCGGUGAUAGGCAUGAUAUUCUUCCAAUCGAUAUGGUGCAUACGAUUCGGCUUCACGGUGCUCAGCGUGCAACAUUUCAAGUAUAUUUCUCUAGUUCUAUUCGCCAUAUUCACCGUGUUCUUCUACCUGGGCAUCGGCUCGCUCGUUUGGGUCAUCCUGGCCGAAAUUUACCCGUCGACCAAAAAAAUCUGGUACCUCGGCGUCUCGAUUUACAUGGUGUUCUAUUUCUCCUUCGUGUUCGUCUUCCCGUUUUUGUACCUGUUGGCUUUCGUGUUCUCGUCCUCGCCCGUCGGCGGAAUCAUCGUCCUCAUCGGCUGCUGGAUGAUCGUUUUUUACUUCCUCGUUUUCCGGAACACCGUCAUCGAAACCAGGCAGAAGAGCUUGUGGAAAAUCCAGGCCGAAUUGUAUCACAAUUAUUAAAUUCGUAAUGGCAUUGGACGAUAUUAAUUUAUAAUGUGAUUGCGAUUUAUGUUUUAAUUAGAUGUAGAAUUAUAUUUGUGUUGUGAAUGCGUAUGUUAUUUUGGGGAAUGGAUAGUUUAUAAUAUUGUAUUAUCU